UGUGUUUAUUUUCCCGCAGAUCCAACAUGAAUAUUGCCCCGGUCGGUCCUCAGCCCACCAACCUCACCUGCCCCUCAUGCCACGCCUCUAUUGUGACACGGGUGGAUCACAAAGCUACCACAAAGACGCACGUCAUCGCCUUGCUACUGUUUUUGUUCCUUUGCUGGCCCUGCGUGUGCGUGCCUUAUUGUAUGGAUUCCUGUAGGAAUGCCGACCACUACUGUCCAAGCUGCAACGCCUACCUCGGCACUUACCAAAAAUAAGACCAAACACUUGUUAAGACAACGUUUUAUAAUAAACCCCUAAACUGUUUAGACGACAAUGGUUUCACUCACUUGAAUUUUUACUCGCUAUUGGCGACAUGUUUCGGGCCCGUCGGGGGUCCUUCCUCAGGCUCGAAUGCCCGCGGCGACUGUCACUCGUGCACUACUAGGGACUAGAAAUUCAAGAAACUGUUGUCGUCUAAACAGUUUAAAAUAUGUUUUGCGACAGUGUUGAAAGUUUAAUAUCGAAUAAAUGCCUAGUUAUAUUUAUAUACAGUUAGUCUAUAUCAGAGCACUUUCAUGCUCAUGCUUUGUUUUCCUAGGCGUGACUAAAAUAGCUGUACAUAUACCUACCUAAUAGGUUUUUAACACGUGCCACUUACCGGCAUGAUAGUUUUAAUGCAAGUGUUAAAACUGCCAUGUGAUGACGAAUGCCCCCAAAAAUGUGCCUUAAAAAGCAGUAACCAAUAAUAUCGAAAUUAUGAAUAAGUACCUACUCAGAUUUUCAUAAUAUUCAAUUAGGUUCUUAUAUAAUCCCUCAAAAUGAAAUAAAUAAUAAAAAAAAAUCGUCUUUUGGUACACGUCUUAUGGAAAACAAUAUGGCACAAUUUAAUUAUUCACAGAAUGAAUAUGAAAGCCCUGUUGUAGACGGAGCUUAUGAUGUUUUUAAUUAAGAUUACCUCACCUAGAUAUUAAGCCUAAAAUAUAGGCACCUAAGAACCAUAUUUUCAGAAACCAUCCUUUCGAUACAAGAAUAUAGGGGAUGUAAUUAUAUUAUUUUCCUUUUAUUACCAAAUGUAUUUUGUAUGGUCUUGUAUCUACGAUCGUUGUAAAGACGAUUGUGUGUUACAAGUGACGUGUUCUUUUAUUUAUUCUGAGUAUUUUUAAAACAUGGAAAGUCGAGAUUAGAUAACAUUGAGGCUUUUUUAUAACACUGUAAUUAGCUCUUAGUAAAGAAGUACGUUAAUGAAAUGAUAAAUUAUGCUUCUACUAAAGGAAAAGUAAAAAUUGAAACAAAAAUUCUAAACAAGAAUCAUAUCUUGGUUAUACGUAAUUCUAUCAAUCUCAGUAAGAACCAGACCUGGAAGGUAUUUAGAAAACUAAAUAAGAAUAAGUACAACACACUACACAAACACGAUAUAUUUAAGUAUUGUAUAAAUAUGAUACAGACCUAUACUCCUUUAAAAAAUACAGAACUGAUAUUUAUGUUACAAUCUCACCCCAGGAACAAAUUGAUAGCGUACUAAAUGAUAUAGUAGUAGUAAUAGAUACUCUAAAAAGACAUGUAACAAAAAAACAUCAAAUAAGUAGUUAAGUUGUUUUUGAAUAUGGUUUAAAUAUUUUUUUAAAUUAUUUUUAGCUUAUCUACCUAACGUUAGAAAGGUAUCUAACGAGACAGUAGACGCUAAUGUAUGUAUGUACUCGUAGUUUUUUUAAUUAUACAAUUUACAAUUUUUUUACUUGCUUGUCUGCAUUUUAGAAUUUCACGUUUACGAUUUGGUAAAAAUGAUUUAGUCGCAAUCUGUAUGCGAAGGCCUCAUAUAUGUUGGCCCGAUGUGUCGCAGUUGUCAUUCUGUUUCAUACUCUUAUGCAAAAGCACAGGCUGUUGUUAACUCAAUGUGGGUACCCCCUACAAAACACGCCAAGAAUAAAUCAAGGAUGUAGGGAAAUGUGCGGUUUUCUCAACCGCAAGCCGCGGCAGUCCAUGCACAGGUUUUACUCCUAUUUCCACGACUGGAAUAUGUACACAGUCCGAACAUAAUUCCUAUUUUAGAUACGCAAAUUUGUCGCGGUAAAUUUUGUAACACUAUUUUGAACAUGAGUGAAAUAAACUUUUUUUU